UGAGGUGAUGUUGGUGGUUGUGACAGAUGUGACCGGUACAUAACCUAAUUUUUAUUUGUUGUUAAAAACGUAAGGUACACAAAUAUUACCUUGUUUUUGUUUAUGUAGUUUAUGUAUUAAAAAAUGUUGGGAGGGGUGCGUGUAAGUGCCUUCAAUGAAAAUGGGCUUGGAGAGCCAGAGCAAGAUGCAAAUUCUGCUUUAACUGAAUUAGACAAAGGUCUCAGGUCGGGAAAAGUUGGCGAGCAAUGUGAAGCCAUCGUACGAUUUCCAAAAUUAUUCGAAAAAUAUCCUUUUCCCAUACUUAUAAAUGCAUCUUUGUUAAAACUUGCUGAUGUAUUCCGUAUGGGCAACAAUUUCCUGCGACUGUGCAUCCUCAGAGUGUGCCAGCAAAGUGAAAAGCAUCUAGACAAGAUCUCAAAUGUAGAUGAGUUUGUACGCAGAAUAUACAGUGUCAUUCACAGCAAUGACCCCAUAGCCAGAGCUGUUACUUUAAGAAUAUUUGGGGCGGUGGCUGCUAUAAUACCAGAGAGACAGCAGAUCCAUCAUUGCAUAAGAAGCAGCUUGGACUCUCAUGAUGUUGUUGAAGUUGAGGCAGCUAUAUAUGCUGCAAUACAGUUUGCUGCCCAGUCAAAAACAUUUGCAGUGAGCAUGUGCAAUAAGGUAUCAGAUAUGAUACAGGGGCAUUCAACACCAGCAAAUAUGAAACUUCAGUUGAUUCCAAUUCUUCAAUAUAUGCACCAUGAUACUAACACAGCAGCUAUGGUUAGAUCAUUAUGCAUCGAUCUUUUGCCAGGUUACCCAGCUCAAGAAUUUGUCCUAGUUACUCUAAACACCCUUACAAAACUAGCAGCAGCUACUUUAGUCGACAUUCCAAGUCAAGUGAACCUACUUCUGAAAUACUUGAAAAAUGAUCCUAGAUGGGAAAUCAAACUGAAAUCUUUAGAACAUCUCUAUGAACUUGCUAAACCUGGUGCUCAUCUUUGGCCUCCUGGGUCUGUUGAAGAGGUCAUAGAGUAUGUUCUUAGUGCUAAGCAGAAAAGGAUUGUAGUUCCAGCACUAAGGGUGUUGAAAGUUCUAGUUGAGUCACCAAGAAUGUGUCAUGAACACAGAACUUCAGGAUCAAAAUUAAAAGAGCUUUGCUCUAACCACUGCUAUUCACCAGAACCUUUAAUUGCAGUGCUAGCAAUCCAGAUUUUGACUGAAAUACUUUGCUAUUGCUUCAAAGAAAACCUGGAAGCAGACGGCGCAAAUGAGGUUAUCACUGCUCUGGAAACGUUGAUUCUACUUUUAACAUAUACCGACGAAAAAAAUACUAGCCAAUUGAAGACAGCUCUGAAAUGUGCAGUUCGGCUGUGUGAAGCCAGACAAGAGUACUGCAAAACGUUUGUGGAACUUUUAGGAACACAGCUGCAUAAUAUUGACGGAGAUUACACAAUUACGAUCUGCGAGGCGCUUGGUGCUAUUGGUAGUUUAAGAUCAGAAACUCUUCUGCCACUUAUAGAUACUAUUUUGACCUUAUUGACUGCCUUGGCAGAUAUUCCAAAUGCUUCACAGCUGCAAACAAGGACCAAAACAAUGCUAUGUACUUUGAUCUUCCAAACCUUAUCUGGAUACAACUGGAAUGAACCUACAUACGAUACAAUCAUCAAAGUUGUAGAAAAGAAUAACCUGUGGGCCAAUUAUUGCAUAUCAAGGGCAGCCGUCAGAUACGGCCAUCAUAAAAUCGCUCAUCAUAUCUUCUCGAACCUGACAGAGCAAGUCAGCUUGGAGCAUUUUCAUUUUUGGUUGAUGUGUCUGAAAGAGAUGUCCGAGGCUGAAAUGCUCUUGUGCGAAAACGACGAAACGUUGGUAAACAGGCUGGACAAAGCAAUCAUACACUAUAACAAAGCUGCGGCAGCGUUAAAAGCUGCAAGUACUCCUCAGCAUAACUUAACUUUUCAAGCUGAAUACAUGAAGAUUCGCACUGAAUUCUUGCAGUGUCUGUUGCAAUUGAUAUACACUUGCAAUAUACUUUGUAUUGUACCGCCACCAGCUAUUGCAUCGACCAUUGUGCAAAAUACUAGGGACGAGUAUCAAAGACAUGGGUAUAUCACAAAUCAGUUCAGAAAAUGUGCGAAAGAGUUCAAGAAUUGCGGCGAGUUGCAUUGGAAGUUAUACCAGACAGCUUUUGACGCUGAUCCAGCUACUUUGGAAAAUAUGCAAAUAUUGCAACAGAUGUGCGUAAUGUUGGAACAAUACGUAGAUAGCAUCUGCGUUAGCGGAUCGGCUGUAAAAGAUGAUCCGAUCGAAUUUGGUUCGAAGAAUGUUAGAUUAGAACUGCAACAACUAGUCAAGGCGUGUGAACACGCUGUAAAGAUUGCGCAGAAUUUGAAUAACGAGGAACCUGUUAGCACCUGCACAAUCACGCAUAGGCAAGUGGAGGUUCUGAAAGUUAUCGUUGAUCUUAUCACAAAAGCAUCGUUGCCAGUUCCUAGAUACUUCUUCCAAGUAUUGCAAUCAACAAGUGUGAAACUAGCAAUAUCUCCGCAACCAAGAGUAUUAGGAGAAUUCAUAAGUGUACAAGCAGGAUCUCAGUUAGCUGUUAAGGUUGAAGGUGUAGUCCAACACGGUACGCAACCAGGUCUGUUUAGGAAAAUUAAAGAAGUUGUUGUCACGGUAACAUCUCAACUUCAAAAUAGUCAGAAGAACAAAGAGAUUUUGGAUCCGAAGCUUUUGGAGCAAGUGUCUGUUCUCUCCCAAACUGUAACUCCUCACAAUGACUUCUUCGCAGCACAGUUUCUGUUGGCAUUUCCAAGAGGUGGUCAGUACCUGCUUGUGGUGGAAGCGUCAGUGAUAGACGAGAAUAGCAACGCAUGGAAAACGGGACCUAGAUCUACGUUGACCGUCAAAGUGCCUGAAGAGACAAAGUUGACGCCUAUCGCUGUACCUGGGAUGGCAAACAAUGCUAAUGUGUAAGAACUAGAACUACUUUGCAACAUGAGAAGGCUUUUCCCAGUUCUGUUAACCUUAGGCAGUUCAAAAAUCGGAUUAACAAAGUUUCUUUUGGAUCAUCAUAGUAGUCGCGGUGCCCUGGCAUUUAGGCUUCUGCCUGCGCGGCUGCUUUGGUGUAAAAAAUGUUCACUCCCUCUAAGAGCUUACUAUAAAUUUUUGGAACUUUCUUCUAAGACGCCGCCGCGCAUUAGAUCUGCAAGACAGACCCGUCAUGCUUCUGUAGCCCAUCCCAACGUCGAGAACUGACCGGUCUGACCGCUCCUUAUUCCUAAAGUAUUGAGACUCAGAAACAAUCUACCCAAGGAUGUUUUUCUAAUGCUAAUAAAUUUAGGC